AUUUUAUCACCAGCCUAUUGAGCUCCAUUCACACUCCACACAAAUUAAAUGAGCUUGUUCCUCUCUCCGUCACCAAGUUGCUUCUUCUCUCCGUCGCACCAGCUUCUUCCUCCGCUGUCGCCGCCGCUCGCGUUGCAGGAUCUCUCUCUGUCAUCCCUUGCGUCGCACGGGCUCCCUCCGCCACCGCUCUCGUCGCGUCUGCAGCGAUUCGUGAAACUCAGCUCAACUCGGUGGUUAUUGUUGAAUGGCGAAGCUCGGAAUGAUAGCUGACUCCGUUGGUAACUUCUUCUCCGGCAAAGACCAGCUUCCCUGGUGUGACCCUGACAUCGUCGCUGUAAGCCUUUUCUUUUUCUCGAUUCCAUUUUCUUUGUUCCUAAUUUUCUGAUGAGUUCUCUUAUGACGAGAAUGUGGCGAGAUCUCAGCGGAGCUUCCUCCAAUUGUUCCUAAUUUUCCGAUGAGUUCUCUUAUGACGAAACUAUUGUCGUUUUGGAUCAUGUUGAAAUUCGGUGCUGCUGUUGAUGGAGAUGAAACCAUUGAGCAAAAAGCUGAGGAGUCAAAUUGAAGGUUGUUACGAUCGAUGUUGUUGUUGUUGUUGUAGAAGGAAUCUUGGUUUUGGUGAUUAUUAUUCUCAGCGGUUUCAAACUGAUGAAUUGGAUGGUGCUGGUGAUGGGACAUGCCACCAUUCAGAAAGAAUUGGUUUUCCAUUCAGCCUUUCCAGAUCAGUGGCAGUGUGUGAAGGAGAGGAAGAAAGAAGCAAUGGCAAUUCCCAUAUUGAGGGCUGAAAUCAUUCUUCACUCUCAACCACUCCUUCAUUCUUCUAUAUCUGGUGGUAUUGAUGAAACUGCCAAAAAGAAGGAAAGACUGUUGCUUCCUUGUUCUUCUUCUUCUACUUAUGAGCUCAACCCUGCAAUUCGACAAGGUUGAUAGAGGUGGGGAAGAUGCUUUGCUUGUCAGCAACUAUAAUGGGGGAGUUCUUGCUAUUGCUGAUGGUGUUUCUGGUUGGGCAGAAGAGGAUGUGGAUCCUUCGUUGUUCCCACAUGAAUUGAUGGCAGUCCAAAGAAUUGCAAUUGGGUCUCCUAGAGAGGUUGCUCAGCCUGAUGCAAUUAGAGCAGCAUUUGCAGAAUUCUUCUCAACGCUUAUUUUUGUUUUUGCUGCUGAAGGCUCUGACAUGUCUUAUAAUAACCUCACUCAAGCUCUUCUAUUCCUUUCUCAUUUCAUGGGAGAUAUCCAUCAGUCUUUCUUCACUUUUUAUGCAUUGGUUGUUGAGAGAUUUGGCCAGAGGAUCGGGUUGUUUUGCCUGUUUGCGCUCAUUUUUCCUGCCUUUCUUUGUGUAGUUUAUGAACGUUGGUUGCAGAAAUUAUAUUGCAUGAUAUUCCAGUUGACUCUUCCUCUAGCUAUUCCAGUAAUAGCAUUUAUGCAUAGCUCCAAGCACACUCACUCAAGAUAUUGGUUUCUGGCUAUAGAUGAAGAGCAAAGUCCAAAGAACUUAAAAUUGUUGUCCUAUUUUGCUCAUGCAAAUUGGCAAUUAGAUUCUAAUCCAACAGAAGUGGAUGUGAUUCAGAAGAAGCUGCUGUUGAGGAAUCUAAUGGGAAUAAGGAUGCUAUGGACCUUGAGAUUCGUUCAAGAGGGAAUGUGGUGGAGAAACUAGUAAGAACAAAGCACCAUAAGGAAAUUACUUUCCCUUUGGUGAUCAACUCUUCUGAAUCAAAACCUAUCAGGUUCAAGAAGAAUUCAUGCACAUAUGGCUGAUGGAUGCUGAUUCAUGUCCAUUUUUUGAGAAAGAAUUCAGUUAAUCUUUCUGUAAUAUAUGUUUGUGUAAAAUUUAGUAUGGUUGAACAAUAUACUGAGGAUUAUAGUUGAUAAUACACUUUGUUUAUGUUUUGAAUUAUAUUGACUUGCUUGUUUAUAAUAAUUUUCUUUUAGUUUUAUAA